UCAGCCGCCAAUGAGCAACGAAGUUAGACGCGACGCAAUAACGACACAAAGAGGAGGCAAAACCGUAAAGAAAAACAAAAAUUUGGCAGCCGAGAAACCUUUUUGCGCGGGUAAAGUGAUAUAAUGGUGCAUUGUUGGUGUUAUGACUGUUUGGAAUUUCGAGUGUGGCAUAUUGGAUUAUCGCAGUAAAGACUUUUAAUGGUUAAGCGUUGACUUACGACAGUUGCUCCGAAAGGAAGAAGGUAACAAGUGUCAACAUGGCUCGCGCUACAAGGAGUAGACAAGCUCCGGUUUCGGUAAACCCAGAAACGGAGUCGAAGCGAAGUAUGAGAAAGACUAGCACUGAAAAAACGACAGCGGGAAGAGUCACCAGGAAAAAUUUGAACGGCAAAAGCGUUUCAGAUGAGAAUUCGAGUUCGCCGACAAAAACUGGAAAAGUUUCUAAAAAUACUCAAACAAAAGCAUCUGUAUUACGUUCCAAAUUGCUCGCUUCGAAGAAAGAUGAUUCUUCUCAGGGCAAUACUUUAAUGGCCAUGAAGUCCCCUGUUCUGCGAGACAGAACCAACACUACUAAUGAAUUAGUUAAAACUGAUGCGUCUGCUAAGAAAACAGAAGAGAUGAAUUCUGACAACAAAAAAAAAUUAAUUAAAGCCACAAGAAGCGCCAAGGAAACUAAAGGUAACGCUAAGCAGUCCAAUGAAGUGCAAAUGUCAAUGGAGAAGUUUGUCGUUAAAAAACAAAAAGUUCAAAUUGAAAAUACUAAAGAGAAAAGCGCAGAUAAAAGUGAAGAAGUAGCAGUGAACAAGAAACAUACAAUCGGCAGUACAUUUAGCAGAAUUGUUUCACAGAAAAAUUCAAAAGUAAAAGAAAGUGUAAAAGAUGCCGAGCCAAGUGACAAUGAAAGCAAUGGUGAAAACCAAGAUUCGCUGUCAAAUAAAAAUGUACAAUCUCAAAGUGAGAGUCCUAAUGCAAACAGAGUGUUAAGGAGAAAAAAUAUUUCAAUAGAAGCUGUAGAACAGCUUUUAAAUGUAGAUGAGGAAAUUGAUGUUGAAUCUGAUAAAAAAGAUUCUCAAAGAAAAUCUUCUAAAGUUAACAAAAUUGUAAACAAUGUUGUUGAAGAAGCAGGAAAAGAAAAUAAAAAGAAUAAUAAAUUCUUUAAGAAUAAAGGUGUGGAAGAACAGAUCAAAACUGUUCCUGUAGUAAAGAAAACGUUGCGUGGAAAGACGAACAAACGUAAAAAAAUUAAGGAUGACGAUAGUUCAUUUAGUGCUACUCUAGAAGAACAAAGGCAAUCUACAGAACCACUAGAAAAAAAGUUACGCCCCAGAACAAAUAAAAAUUAUUGUGAAGUGUCAAAACUAUCUCAAGACUCAAAAUCUAAUGAAGAAAAACCAACAGAUACUGAAAAAGAUAAAGAUGUUAAUAAAGAUCUGAAAAAAAUUCCUAUUUACAAAACUGUGAAGUUGUCUGAAGAAAAUGUUAAAGUCAAAGAUGCAAUUUAUGAUUACCUGGAUGAUUCUCAGGAAGAUGGUGAACAAAAGGGUAAAAAAAGGAAAAAGACUGUUAAAAGACCUGCAGUAAAACGUGCUAGAAAAGCUGCUACAGUAAAACCAUCUGCGAGUCAAAAGGUGCAGAAAAAGAUGGCUAACAAAGUUCCUCGUAAUGUGCAAUUUGAAAAGCAGAGUAAAGUACCAAUAAAUAUACAGCAAAACAUAGUUGUGAAUAACGUACAAACCAAUAUUAUAGUUACGGAAUUUCCAGAACAUUUUUCAAAUGCAGAACACAAUGUGCAAAACAACGAGGAUAACAUUGCAUUACCUGAAUCUUCUAAGCAAAUCAUACCUGAACAUCUUUUGAAUGCAGGGGAUAGUACUAUUGCAGAGGCUUCAACCAUAAAAAUAGUUUCUGAUGAAAAAUUAGAAGGAAGCAAGCGAAUCAAUUUAACGUCUACUCCACCAGUACCUAAAACCAUUACUUCAGAAUUAAAGUUAUUUGGACCCAGGAAUGUCAUUACGUCAAAACCUACAACAAAGUAUAGCAACAUGGUGAAUCACUCAUUGAUUAGGCAAUCUAUGUCGCCCAUCACUAAAGUGGUUGAGAAAUUUGAUACUGGAAGUCCAUGGAGAGCAGUAGAUGCUUUUUCUCGCGUCAAUCGAAUGGUUCAAAGUACACCACAAAUAAAUCGUCUACCAUCUAUUCGAGAAAAGAAGCUACCUACUCACUUAUCGAAUUUGAAUAACAUGAAUAACUUGAAGUCUAUAAAUUCUCAAGAUACAAUUCACGUCUCAUCAAUGAUGGAAGACAAAUCGUCAGAAAAAAAUGAAAAAUCGACGUCUGUACCUACCACAAAUCAAAAUGAAGUAUCGUCAAAAAAACAGGCCCACUUAUCGAACUUGAAUAAAAAGUCGGUAAAUUCUCAAGACACAAUUGACAUUUCAUCCAUGAUGGAAGAUAGCUUAUUGGACAAAAAUGGUAAAUUACUGUCUACGCCCACAAAAAAUCAAAAUAAAGUAUUACCAAGAAAAUUUGGGACUGUAAUUUCAAAUUUGAGCCCAGCGAAGUCUGCAAACAGUAGCAAUAGCCCAGUUCAAAAUAUUAUACAAUCUCCAGUAGAAACAGCUUUGUCUCCAAUAGCUUCCUCAGAUAUUCCUGUAGAUCAAGAAGAUUCAACUAUUCCAGGAAUUCAAAACAAAGAAAAUACGCUUGCAAGUCCAACAAAAUCAUCAAGAAAGAAAAUUAGUACUCCAAGUCCUUUCCGUUUUGACAGAAUAAGAACUUCCAAAAGACUGGCCUCUAUGGAAUCUCAAAAUAAAACACCGAAAUCAACUCCUCAAAAGAUAUCUAAAGAAGGCGAACCAGAAGCUGGACCAUCAUCUUAUCCCGAUAAAUCAAAAUCAGCAGUUUUAAGACAAUCGAAUCUCCAUAACUUUCUAAACUUAGAUGAAAUGCCAGAAAGCACCCGAAUAUCGACGGCACAUGGUAUUUUUGACGAUGUUCACUCAACUCCGAUUGCUGGAAAAAAGCCUAAGUGUUCAGAGGAACCAAAUAUAGACAAUGCUUUUGGAUUUGAUGAUUAUGACAUAAGUGAAACAACACCAAUUGAGGACAAAUCUUCUGGCUCGAUUAUUGCUACUGAACAAGAUGUUAGAGAUAGUGUCAAAGGCAAACUGUUUCCAAAAGCAAGAGUCAAGUCAAUGAUGCCUUCGAGAAUUUCUGAAAACACAAUAAAGAAAACAUUACUGAAAAAUGUUUUAGUGAAGAAAACUUCAGACAAAAAACAGCCUGAAGUCUUUAAUGAGUCGGACGAAAGCGAUUUUGAAAAGGAGAACGAUACUACUAGACGUAGAAAAGACGUAGAAAAUAACAAUGAAUGUAAAAAAUCAGCUAAGGAAGUAGCGUUGGAUGCCGUGUCGUUUUCUGAUACAUUUGACAUCUUCGCAGAAAAUGGAGAUAUUGAAUCAAAAGUGCCAGAACAAAUACCUUUAUUUGUAGAUUUAGAGCCAGUUCAUUUUACACAGCCACCGAGACGCUCCUACAAUAAAAGAAAGAGAGCUAUAUAUUUCAAUACCAGCAAAGAAGAUACUGAAAGUGACGAAGAAGAAGAGGAGAAGCCGAAAUCUAAAAAGAAGAAGGUAUCUAAAUUGAACAAAGAAGAGAAUAAGCGAAUGCACGAAUGGCUCAAAAACAUAAACAAAACUUUUGAAGAAAUCGAACACUACGACUUAGUAGUUGAGUAAGUUUUCAUAUUAAAAGCAGGACGUUUUUCAAAGUAUGUAAUAGGUGAUAAACUAUGUGAUCGCUUUGAGCCUUAUUUUGAUAGAAGUAAGUUGUAAAUAUAGGUUAAAAUGGCGCUAUUAUUCUUGUAAAGUCCAAAACCUUUUCAACGUAUUUUAAAUUAACGAUAUAAGUAUAUUUACCGUGCAUUCAACUUACUUUAAAGUAUAUUUUACGGACUUAACUCGUGUAGAGUUGCAAAAGCUCUAUGAGAGCGCAAAUGCUAAUUAUAUAAAUCGCAAAAAUGACAAAUUGUAAUUGUAAGUGUUUCCGGUUAAAAGCUUGAUGUUGCAUUUAUCCGUAUUAUGGAUGUUUAAAACAUAAUAACAAAGUUUACUAUAGCUUAACAAAUUUUAUACUUUUUAACUAUUUAUGAUGUAUCACUUUCAUGUCAUAACUUUUAACGAGAAUCUUGAGUUGUUGACAAGCGUGUGUUGAAGCUCGUGUGUGUGUAUAUACAUAGAGCAUCUGAAACUGUUUUCAUUUUUCGCAACAAGCUUUGAAUAAAAAAAGAGCUAGCUCUAAUAA